ACACGAUGAAGACUUUUCUCAUAUACAGUGCGUGUGUUGUGCUUUUCUGUAUCGCGAAUUGUCUGGGAGAACCGAAAGAACCGAAACGGAAUAAAUUGGCGUCGGUGUACGCGCUAACGCCUUCGUUGCGUGUGGGCCGCCGGUCGAGUCCGGACCUGGAUUUUCCCAAAGGCCCUUUUGCAGACGUCAAACGCAGGAUAGGAAAAAUGGUCUCGUUUCCACGGAUUGGGAGAAGCGAGUCGAAUUGGGUGCCGGAUGAUAACAGUUAUGGGGCGCAGAGACCAGGGGCGAACUCGGGGGGGAUGUGGUUCGGGCCGAGAUUGGGACGUGUCCAGAAGCGGAGCGACGAUUUUACCCCAUGGGCUUAUAUUAUUUUGAACGGUGAGGGGCCCAUCAUCCGGCAGGUCCAUUACAGCCCCAGAUUGGGGCGCGAAUCCGAGGAGGCCUACGAGGAGGUUUUGGACUCGAAUUUGGACGUUCUCUAAUUUUACCGCACCGUUCAUUAUAGUGACAGGCUGGACAUUAUAAUGAUUAUAGAAUUUUUAAUGCACCGUUUCACUGUGAAAAUAAAACACUUUAAAAUGAAAUA